AUGGGCCAGUUUGAGAAAGCGCAACGAUUCUAUAAACGUUUAUUAGAAGAACUCUCACCUGAUGACACUACAUUAGGAGUUGUACUGAACAAUCUCGGUGAAACGUAUCGCCAGCAAGGUAAUAUGGACCAAGCGAUGCAUUACUUUCAGCGAGCAUUAGCGAUUGACGACGAGCGGACAUACUCUUAUAUGUGGCGUGCUAUUGUACACAGUAACAUGGCCAGCUUAUUUCAGUCACAUGAAGAACUAGAUCAAGCACUAGUGCAUUACCGAGAAGCACUUAAUGUAUUGCGGACCAAGGUAAGUGCUGAUAUUUCUGAAGAAAUAGACGAGCUUCUUGAUAACACAAGAGCCACCAUCUUUCAUGGCAUUGCAAAUGUGUACCAGGCACAAGGUCAAUACGAUCUAGCGCUCGCAUGUUAUGAAGAGGUAUUAAAAACAGAAACAGAUCUGCCAGAGAAUCAUUCAUCCUUGGCUACUACCUAUAACAACCUAGGUCGUUUAUAUUCACUAAUGAAAAAUGGGCCACUAGCACUUGAUCAUCAAAAGAAAGCUCUCAACAUACAGUUGGCUAGUUUGCCACCUGAUCAUCCACAGUUGGCAUCAAGUUAUGCUGCUAUCGGUACGUUAUUAUUGGACGGCAAAGAUUAUGAUGCUGCAUUGCCAUAUUUUAUAAAGGCCGAGCAAAUUCUGGAGCUAUCGAAUGUGUUCCCUGAUUACGAAACUCUGAAGAUUGUCUACAUUGCUCUUGCUAUGAUCUAUGAGGAAAAAAGAAUGUUCCAAGUCGCUAUUCGUACACAUAAGAAACAUUUUGAAUUAUUACAGCGCACUUCACUAUCUCUAGAUCACUAUAAUAUCGCGGAAUGCGCAUAUAGAAUCGGUCGUCUGAUGACUAAACACAAUAAAAUAUUAGAAGGACGCGAUUAUCAACAACGAGCAGCAGAAAAUGUUUUGCUGUUGCCUCCCUCGAGCCGACGUCAUGAGUUGUUAUUGAAAAUUAUUGAAGAACUGCAACGAACAGGAAAUCAUGCUCUUGCUUUAGAAUACUACCAACGCAUGUUUCAUGAAGAACUCACCGGGGACAAUAAAAAUCCACUUCUCUGCGCUGGUCUACAUAAUGAACUAGGGACGAUUUUCGAAGAUCAAACUAAUUACGUCGGUCCAUUGCAUCAUUAUCAAGUUGCUCUUCAAUUGUUACUUGAACAUAAUAUUACUAGAGAUAGCCUUACUGCGACAUGCUUUUACAAUAUCUGUAUGGUUAUUGAAAAAUGA